GCGCCAAUAGAAUUGUGGCGGGCGUCUUGUGUUUCGAACGGUGGCAGAGAAGACGGUCCAAUAUACAACAGGUGACGUAAAACGUUCUAUCGAAUAGCAGACGAGCGCGUUCGAGACGCCCAAUCAGCGCAGGGCGGCGUUAUGGCUUAAAAAGGCCGCGUUCGCGCGCGCAGUUUAUUCUGUUUUUCUAUCCGCGAAGUGCAGAGUUUGACGCUAUGGCAAGAACCAAGCAGACCGCCCGUAAGUCCACCGGUGGCAAGGCGCCAAGGAAGCAGCUCGCCACUAAGGCUGCCCGCAAGAGUGCGCCGGCUACCGGCGGCGUGAAGAAGCCUCAUCGUUACAGGCCUGGCACUGUGGCUCUGAGAGAGAUCCGCCGUUAUCAGAAGUCUACUGAGCUGCUCAUCCGCAAGCUGCCCUUCCAGCGCCUGGUGAGAGAAAUCGCUCAGGACUUCAAGACCGACUUGCGUUUCCAGAGCUCGGCCGUCAUGGCUCUGCAGGAGGCAAGCGAGGCAUACCUGGUCGGUCUGUUCGAGGACACCAACCUGUGCGCUAUCCACGCCAAAAGAGUGACCAUCAUGCCCAAGGAUAUUCAGCUGGCCCGCCGUAUUCGCGGAGAACGCGCUUAAACUACAACUCCGUCUAAUAUACACAAAGGCUCUUUUAAGAGCCACUUCCUCGUCUCAGAAAACAGCUAAUUUUCUUUCUUGGGCAGUUUAAGUAUUAGAACGUGGUACAGAGAGAGAGAGAAGGAACAGUAAUAAUAAUGUUUGUAUAUAUGUAUGUGUGUGUAAAUGAAGUGCACGGCUUUCUAUUUUUAUCAACAUUAGAAAGGUUGGUUAUUUAUUUUGCAUUUUCAUGAUAAAUAUAGUCCUAUGAGUAUUACGUAAUGUUUGUUUUUAUAGAUGAGCCGUUAAUUGUGGUUAUGUCCGAACAAUACAAUGCACAGUAAUGAGCUGUGUCUGUAAAAUAGCUCAAACCUACCUUCUGUUUCGGGCGGCGUUGUGCUGGAUGGAGCUUGACUGCCCCCGUGUGUCCAAACCGGGGAACGGCAAUUUUCUAGAAGCGGAUUUCUGGGCAAGAGAUAUUACAUCAUACAUACAUUUCAUCCAUCAUCCCUUUUGUCCCGUCCAUGAUAAUUGUUUUUGUAAUUUAAUAAUUGUAGACAUGACCUUAUCAUUGAAAACUUCUUCCCUAUUUGUGGAUAUUCUCUCUC